AUGGCUUCGACAAAAACUUCCGAGUCAUUUGGCAGCAACCAAGGACUCUUGCAGUCGCUCCAACAACAUGCGACAUCACCAAUCAUCACCUGGCUGUUGCUACCGAUUAUUGGCAUAGCUUUCCUGCGCCAUGUCUUGCGACCAAAGGCAAACGAGCCCCCGAGCUUGCCGGGUCUCAUCCCCUAUGUCUCAAACACAUAUCAGUACAUCACCGACAACAGUAGAUUCCUCGAGCGUGCCACCGAAGCACUGAAGAAAAGCAGCGUGGUGAAGUUCAACCUCGGCGCCGACACUGUGUACCUGGUUGCAGGCUCUCACAAUGUGCAGAAGCUGUUCCGCAACAGCUCGAAUAACACGCUCAGCUCGGAUAAGUUCAUCGUCAUGGUCAAUGGGCGGGUGCAAGGGAUGACUGACGAGGACGUGGCGAUAAUGUACAACGAUAGAUCUGGUCGUCUGAAGACCCCGGCUGCGGGAACUGAGAGCAUGCCUGAGAAUCAGAGGUUCUGGGUCGGCUUGCAUCACGUCUUCAACGAGCACCUCUUUCGCGCCGAGGCUACCGCGAAGUUGGCGGAGUCGUUCAUUACCUUUUUCGGCGAGAAGCUCGACCAGCAGUCCCGUGAUGAGUGGGAAACCUUGCAACUGUUCAAGUAUCUUAAAAAGAAUAUGGCAGAAGCAGCGACGGUCUCGCUUGCAGGGCGAAAGCUGAUUGAGGACCAUCCGGGAUUCGUCGACAUCUUCUGGGAAUUCGACACGAUUGCGAUGCAGCUCAUGUAUGGCCUUCCAACUUGGAUUAAUCCAAAACCAAAACACAUUCAGCGCAAAACCCUAGCCAUGAUGUCAGACUUUUUGACUGAUGCCUGGGCCAAAUUUGACUGGAACGGGCCCGAUGCCGACGCGGACUGGGAACCGAUCUUUGGCUCGAGACUCCAACGUGAGCACUCAAAAUUUUGGGAGAAGAAAGGAUUCUCGCUUCAAUCGCGUGCUGGGAUGUACAUUGGAAGUAUCACAGGCAUCAACUCGAAUUCCGUGCCCCAGACGGCUUGGGCUGUUAUGGAAGUGAUAAAGGAUCGGUCACUCUUCCAGGCGGUCCGCCAAGAGGUUGAUUCGGUGUCCAUCAUUGAUCCCGAGACUGGGAAGCGAACCUUUGAUGUGGCAAAACUAGUUACCCUGCCUUUGCUUCAGUCCAUCUACGUGGAGACACUACGAAUGCACGUGUCCAUCAACAUCACUCGUGAAGUUAUGGAACCAAUGGAAUUGGAUGGGUAUCAUCUGAGUAAAGGCUCUUUGGUGCAGGCACCGACGCAGAUUGGGCAUCGUGAAGAGUCAGUGUGGGGUGUCGAGAGGCACCCUGCGUCGGAAUUCUGGGCGGAACGUCAUAUCAAAUUUGUCGAGAAAGAGGAUGAGGAUGGCAAACUUCAGAGAGUCAAGGAGUUUGCCGUAGCCGGAAGACCGAGCGACUUCUUCCCAUAUGGUGGUGGUGUGUCCAUGUGCCCAGGGCGUUUCUUUGCUAAGCAGGAAAUCAUGCUGGCUGUCGCUAUGAUUGCGUCUCGGUUUGAUAUUGAGUUUGAAGAUUGGGUCAACUUUGAUGGGUCGCAUUCGGAAAGGCCUCCUACGAAUGACAAGGCGUAUGUAGGUGCGGGAGCUGUACCGCCGGACAGAGACAUGCGAAUGCGCUGGAGGAAACGGUGGUAA